UAAUUUUCCAUCAAAUUUCGGAACACAUUCGCUUAUCCAAUGGAAGAGUUCCCCCAACUGACCAAUCGAAUUUACCAAGCCGAGGAUCAUCGGUACUUAUCAAUCGCACAGGAAAACCGGUCGGGUAAACGUCGUUUCGCAGAGAAGAUCAAUCCAGUGAUAAAAUAUCCAAAGCUUGAAAUCAAGAAGAUGUUUUGUUGGGGAAGUACUAUUCAUGGAGAAUUAGGGCUGGGUGGUAUCGAGGAUGAAAACAUAUUCACUCCUCGUGAAGUAAAUUUUGAGAAAGCCAGUGAAAUUGAGCAGAUUGCUUGCGGAGAUAAUUAUACUAUAGCCGUUACUAAAGGAGGACAAGUAUAUUCCUGCGGUAACAACGAUUAUGGACAACUCGGGCAAGAAAAAGGAAGGAAAAGAUUACAGCCGAUAAGUGGUAUAGAUCUACUUGCAUUUAGAAAAGCAGCAUGUGGGGCUAGUCAUACGUUGGUUAUAAACGAAUGGGGACAACUUUUCAGCUGGGGUUGUAACUUGGAAGGCCAACUGGGCUUAAAUAGCACCGAUGCAACGGAACGUGUGCCACGUAUGGUAAAGACAUUGGGUACAAUGGUGAUAGUACAGAUCGCGUGUGGCUUGAAACACUCGAUCGCCCUUACCAAUGACGGAGAGCUGUACGCAUGGGGCAGUAACAGCGAUGGUCAGUUAGGGCUAGGAGCUGACACAAAGAUGGAGAUAAAACCCAAGCUAGUUCACAGUUUAGCUGCUGUACCGAUCGCAUUCGUCGCAUGCGGCGGAUACCACACUAUAGUCAUAUCGAAAUCAGGAGCCGUAUUCGCAUGGGGCCGUAAUACUUUCGGACAAUUGGGAUUGAGCGAUGCGCAGAAUAGAAAUGUGCCAUGCCAAUUGCGUACAUUGAGAAAUUCAAGGGUGUGCUAUGCGACGUGCGGUGAAGAAUUCUCCGUAUUCUUGACAAUGGACGGUGGAGUAUUCACUUGCGGUGCCGGAAUGUAUGGCCAAUUGGGUCACGGGACCAAGACGAAUGAAAUUUUGCCGCGACAAAUAAUGGAACUGAUGGGUAGCACGGUGACCCAAAUAUCCUGCGGAAGAAGGCACACGUUGGCCUUAGUGCCGUCUAGAGGCCGAGUUUACGCGUGGGGUCUAGGCGGUGCCGGACAAUUGGGUAACCGUAUCGCUCAAAACUCAACAACACCACAGGUCGUGCUUGGACCAUGGGUCUCACCGAGCGGAUCUUCGAUGAUUAAUGUCGACUUGCAGUACAGUCUUUACACGGCUGACUGCGUUGUUAAACAUAUUUUUAGCGGUGGUGAUCACUGUUUUGCUACGGUUACCCUGAGAAAAGAUAAUAUAGAACCAGAUGACUGUAGAAUAUUAGGGUCAACCUCCCAAAUUCUUGCAGUGACGGAGGAACAGCUAGCUGCCUGUCACAGAGUUCCACCGGGAUCGUCGGUUGAUCAUGAAUUAAUCACGUAUCUAGAGACUGUGUUCAGAAGUCAAGCGUGCAUAAAUGGAUCUUUUUUACGCGCUAAUGACGCGCAUUACGGAUGUUCAAGUAAACAUCACGGCGUAGACAUCGAUCGCGCGAUUAAAUUAUUCGAGAUUAUUUCUAAACUGGAGAACAGUACGAUUCAAGAAUUGAUUUGUACAUGCAUAACCGAUAGUCUAUUACCGUCGUUUACAUUGUCUCCGCCCGACGUCGAGUCCCUGAGAGUGUACUUAACGUUGCCGCUCUAUCACGGCUUCGUGGAUCCGUUGAACCACAAUAGUCUGCACAAACCGUUCUCCAGGGCUGUGUUGAAUCUAAAGCCGGAGGCUCGCCGAGUCGUGAGCAUGUGGUGGAGUAAAGCACCGGCGCAUUACUUCGAAAGACUAGUGAGGCUUUACAAAUCCGUCGUUUUACAUUUUGUGAAGCAACCGACGGCGGACAAGAGUGUCACGUGGAAUGUAACCCUGCAGUAUGCUCUAGAUCUGUUACGGUUAUUGUAUAAACUCAAUUUCACAGACGAGGGUAUGCGAGUAUCCUACGAGACCUUUCACUUGCCGAACCUGAUGCACUUUAUAGACGUCAGAGCUGAUUACCUUAAAUGGCUAACGGAAGAUCCUUCAGCUAGUUAUCAUAAAGUAUACUUUUGUAAUUACCCCUUCCUUCUCGACGCCGAGGCGAAAACCGUACUGCUCGAAACGGAUCAAGCUAUACAGAUGCAAUCCGCCAUGAAUGAAGCGGCGUCAAGAGCUAUCAGGCACAUAUUGUUUCAUAUGAACACGGAUAGUAUAGACGCCCGGCAUCAUAAUCAAUUUGUGACUUUGAACGUAUCACGGGAAAACAUAGUCACGGAUACCCUGACGCAACUGUCACAAUACGAUCCUCACGAUCUGAAGAAACCGCUUAGAGUGAAAUUUCACGAUGAGGAGGCCGAAGACGCGGGCGGAGUUAAGAAAGAAUUCUUCAUGCUCCUGUUGCGAGAGAUUCUCGAUCCCAAAUAUGGUAUGUUCAAACAAUACGAGGAAACGAGAACAAUGUGGUUUAUCGAGGAUUCGUUUGAGGAUGAAGUCAUGUAUUUCCUAAUUGGCCUUCUCUGUGGCUUGGCUAUCUAUAAUUUCAUCAUUAUCAAUUUACCGUUCCCGUUGGCCUUGUACAAAAAGUUGCUGCGAGAAUCGGUUGGAUUGAACGACAUCAAGGAUUUGUCGCCGGUAAUCGCCAAAAGCAUGCAGAGUAUUCUCGACUACAACGAGCCAGAUUUCGAAGAAGUGUUCAGUUUGAAUUUCGAUGUAAAUCGAGAAGCAUUCGGCGAACAGAAAACCUUCGAAUUGAUACCCGGCGGUAGCAAAGUUCCUGUAACGUUAAAGAACAAGAAGCAAUUCGUCGAUCUUUAUGUCGACUAUAUACUCAACAAAUCGGUCGAGUCGCAUUUCAAAGCGUUUCAUGAAGGUUUCCAUAGAGUGUGCGGCGGCAGAGUGUUGGAGCUCUUCCACAGUCACGAAUUGAUGUCAGUGGUAGUCGGUAAUGAGAAUUACGACUGGGAGCAGCUGCAGAAAAAUGCGACUUACAAGGAGGGCUAUUCCGAAAACGAUCCCACUAUCGUGCUCUUCUGGCGGGUCUUUCACGAAUUGACGUUGGAAGAGAAGAAAAGGUUCUUGCUCUUCUUAACGGGCAGUGACCGAAUACCUAUACAGGGCAUGAAGGCUAUCAGGAUAACGAUACAGCCAAUGAGCGACGAACGCUUCCUUCCUGUUGCGCAUACGUGCUUCAACUUGCUUGAUCUACCGCGUUAUCAAACGCGCGAGAGAUUGAAAUACAAAUUACUACAAGCUAUCCAACAGACUCAAGGAUUUUCGCUCGUGUGAAAGUUUAAUUUCAGGCAUAACACUUUUCUCGUAAUUCGCGAUCGUCUGACUGUUAUCAAUAUGUCCGCAUGAAUGAACUCAUCUUUCCAAGUGAAUUAUAUAGAGGAAAAAGUAAUAUUUGCAAAAUGACAAUUCCGUUACCUGAUACAGACACGCAUGCCUAAGUCACUCUCUCUCUCUCUCUGGUCAGUGAUCGAAUAAUGUGAUGUACCAGCAUACAAAGAAAUCGAUGAAAUAUAGAAAAUAUCGACAUCUGUACAACAUCUUUCUAUUGUGAUGGAAUAACUCAGAAGUGAUGAGUGGACGAAUCACCGAUUCAUGGGAGACUAAUCUCUAUCGUCAAGUAGUUUACGAAAAGCAAAAAUCUAACUCGUUGAAAUCGACUUGAAUCACUCGUGUCAUUUUUUUUUUGUCUUAAUGAAGCAAACCAUUGUUAAUAGUUGAUAGUAAACUCGAUAGAGACUAUGCGGGAAUUUCAUAGGCCGACUAAUUAUUUGUAAUUAACGUAAGUUACGUUUGUGACCAAUGAGAAUUUUCGAUUCAUCCGUAUCUGCUGGCGAGGAAAUUUUAAUAUAUUACACGCGCCAUCGAUUGAUCAUUGAAAGAAACGUGUAUCAGCUUGUAACGCGCUUGAAUGUGUUCGACUUAAGAGGGAAUACUGUUCACUCAGGGAAAGUUUAAUAGCUUAAUGAGAGUACUUUUUCAACGCGACACAGUGUGGACAAAUCGAGCAUUAAAAUUGGUUGAGAUCCUCAGUAAAUAUCAAUCAAAACCCUCUAGCACACACACAGCUCAGAGACACUCGCGGGUAAAUAUACGCACUGCUGAGAGACAAACAUUUGUAACGACAAGAUACUUGGAGUGUGCAAAUCGAUGCAUUUUUCAAUGGCCGCGCUUUAGGAACACACGCUAUGUCGUCCUGUUAUGAUGUUGAAAUUUGGUAAAAGAAUAUUUUGUAAAUUGUUAACACACUUGGAUGCAUCUUGUAUCGCUUAUAUAUAAAGUAAAUAAAAAUAAAGGUUAUCAUUAUAUGUA